CACCGCUGCCGCCCUCUCGCCGCUGCUUGCCCCUAGGAGCCGCCGCGUAAGUCGGGGAAGGAGAGAAUGACCGAGGUGCUGUGGCCGGCUGUCCCCAAUGGGACGGACGCUACCUUCCUGGCCGGCCAGGGUUUGCCCUGGAGGAACAGCACCGCAGCCUCCACCGCUGCUGUCGCAGCAGCCUCAUUCGCAUGCUCGCUGACCAAGACGGGCUUCCAGUUCUACUACCUGCCGGCUGUCUACAUCUUGGUGUUCCUUAUCGGCUUCUUGGGCAACAGCGUGGCGAUCUGGAUGUUCGUCUUCCAUAUGAAGCCGUGGAGCGGCAUCUCCGUGUACAUGUUCAACUUGGCCCUGGCCGACUUCUUGUACGUGCUGACACUGCCCGCGCUCAUCUUCUACUACUUCAAUAAGACGGACUGGAUCUUUGGGGAUGCCAUGUGCAAGCUGCAGAGGUUCAUCUUCCAUGUGAACCUCUACGGCAGCAUCCUGUUCCUAACCUGCAUCAGCGCGCACCGGUACAGCGGCGUGGUGUACCCGCUCAAGUCUCUGGGCCGGCUCAAGAAGAAGAACGCGGUCUAUAUCAGCGUGCUGGUGUGGCUCAUCGUGGUGGUGGGCAUCUCCCCCAUCUUCUUCUACUCAGGCACCCAGGUCCGGAAAAACAAAACCGUCACCUGCUACGACACCACCUCCGAUGAGUACCUGCGGAGUUAUUUCAUCUACAGCAUGUGCACAACCGUGGCCAUGUUCUGUGUCCCCUUGGUAUUGAUUCUGGGCUGUUACGGAUUAAUUGUGAGGGCUUUGAUCUACAACGACCUGGACAACUCACCUCUGAGGAGGAAGUCCAUUUACCUGGUGAUUAUUGUACUGACUGUCUUCGCUGUCUCUUACAUCCCUUUCCAUGUGAUGAAAACGAUGAAUUUGAGGGCCCGGCUGGAUUUUCAGACCCCGGAAAUGUGUGCUUUCAAUGACAGGGUUUAUGCCACUUAUCAGGUGACAAGAGGUCUAGCAAGUCUCAACAGUUGUGUGGACCCCAUUCUCUAUUUCUUGGCAGGAGAUACUUUCAGGAGGAGACUCUCCAGAGCCACUAGGAAAGCUUCCAGAAGAAGUGAGGCGAAUUUGCAAUCCAAGAGUGAAGACAUGACCCUGAAUAUUUUAUCUGAGUUCAAGCAGAAUGGAGAUACAAGCUUGUGAGGAUGCAAGAAUCACCGAACACCCGCUUUUGUAACAUGGUCUCAGGAUGCCAGCCUGGUUUACCAUACAUGUUACAUACAUUGUGUUUCAGCUCCCAGAGAACUUUCUUUUGGACUGUGGACCAGUGAAGUGGACAGUGCCUAGAAAUGCCCUUUUACUUCUUGGCAUGUUUUUUCCCAGUGUUUCUUCUUCAUACGUCAUGUAGUGGACAAUGACAAUGUGUGAAUACAUGCCAAAUGGUAACAAGAAUGAUCUUGCCCAACUCCUUCUAGGCACAAAGAGGUCUCCAGGAAGAGUCUGUGCUAAUGGUAAAAACACACAGAGGGUCAAGAUGAAGCAGUGAUCUACUGGCUGGAAAUCUGAUGACAUGUGAUGAUGUAAGUAGGUAUCUUAAUAGUAAAAGCAGAAAUCUGUUGGCAUUUUGAUGAAAAAACUGCUAAAAUUAUAGAACUUAUCAGUUAACUAAAUUUCACACUACAAAAUGAUUCUUAUGCCAAGUUUAAGGUAUUUUUGGCUCACCAAUUGGUGUCUUUGACUCUUUAAACAUCACUAUGCAUUUGCAUGGAAAUGAUAUAAACACAAACCAAGAAGACAUACAGCAGAGAGUAGAAUUCAGCAUUAAAAACACGACCUUGCCACUUGGCCAACUGUGGAACUCUUGACUCUUUCAACACCACUCUCCAUGGAUUAAAAAGGUUAGAUGACCUCAGGGGAUGUGGUAGAACAUUAAAACUACAGCCAGCCAGAGGUGCAUGAAAUCUGCUACUGUACUUUCCAGGACUCUUCCAUUGCAGUCCUGGGCUAGAAAUUCUCACAAAGUUCACCAAUUAUGAUUUGGAUCUAUGACCUGUAAGUUUUCUCAAUCUACUCGGACAGUACAGUAAACUGCUUUUGGAUACAAGAGAUGUCUGUGCUUAUAACAGCUGGAAUUGGACUAGGGAAAAUGAAGAUAUGUACGUAGUUAGGGAUCUCCUGAAGCUUUAACUUAGCUGGUCAAUUUACAACUAACAUAAUCAUAUUUAUUGAUGAAGCUCACAGUUCUUCAGUUGUACAGAUUAAAAGGCUUUCUUGAAAGAUCAAAUAUGCUGAUGUAAAUUAUAUUUAUUACAAUGU